AUGAACGUCAAGCCGCACAAGCAGUCCAUGUCCGAGCUCAAGCUUCGUAGACUCACAGAGCACAACCAGCGAUUGAAAGAGGAUCUGGAGCGACCUCGUGUUCGUGUCUCGGAGGCGAGUCAAAGCCUGAUCAACUACUGCAAGAGUACACGUGACUACCUUGUCCCGUCCGUCUGGGGUCCCGUCAGCAAGGGCGAGGACCCUUACGCUCCCGCUGGUGGAGGAUGCAACUGUGUUGCCAUGUAA